CAGGCGCGCUAAAUAAAACAUUUGCUAACUCAAGUACAGCAGCAGCCCAGCCUACCAUUCAUUCCAUAUCGCCAUGACAAGUGUAUCGUCAACAAACUUCUCAAAUAAUUAUGUAGAGUGAACUACUGAAAUACAUUUAUGUUAGUUUCAUUAUGUCUGUUUCAGUGAGGCGAAAAAGACAUUCAAGAGACUUGAGAUGUGUCCUGUUCUCAGAGGAUGUAAAGGACACGCUCAGAAAUACCUCUGCUGUAACAAAAAAUCCGACCUCUUCAUCACUUAAGUCGUGGGAACGAUGUGGAGACGGUUUCCUUGACUCUCCAAUCCAGAAGAAACCCAAAUCAGUGUGCCCAAAACAUGACACUGCGAGACAGUAUCUCACUGCAGAAAAGCACAGGGUGGAGACGGAGGAGCCUGUCCACAUCGCUUGGAGCUCAAGUGAAAGUGAACAGUCAGACUGUGAGGAAAGCAGUCUUCCAUCUAAGAGAGUGGCAACUCCAAAACCAAGCUUAUCUCGGCCCAAACCCAAGCUCAACGUCAGCAGCUAUCUGCAGUUAUUAAACUGUGAAGCAGAUGAGCUCCCUGCUAUUGAGUCUGACAGUGAUUUGAGUGACGACGAUGAUGAUGAAGUCAGGGGCCACGGAGAGACGGAACCUGACAAAACUGCAGCAAUUUCAGAUUGCGUCUCACCAGAGAAGGACAAAUGUGAGGAAAAACAACCCCAAGAGAUACAAAAGGUGCCUGAUGUGGACAUCUCUGACUACCCUUCAGAUGGUGAGGACGGUCCUGCAUGCGAGACGGCCUCCUCGACCGAUGCGGGACCUUGCCCUGUGGACCCAUCGGAAGGCGGUCGCCGCUCGCUAAGGGACUGGGUGCGUUCUGCUCAGGCAUUGUUGCAGACGCCUCAGAAGCAAGCCAACAGCCAUUUCAAGACCCCAGAUGACUCCAAUAAAAAGAGACGGAAAUUUGAAAGCGGAGGGCUGGCAGACAGGUUGAACCGACUCCAGAGCAGACAGAGAUCAGCCAUCAGCUUCUGGCGGCACCAGUCCACAGUGGACAUCUCCACUGCUGCAGGUAAGCCAGGUGUGCUAGCUGUUCAGGUCCUCCGUGUGCAAGAGGACUGUGGCCUGAGCGUUGCCCUGUGCCAGCGGCGCAAGGAAGUGUCCCCUGAGGGGCAACAGAACCCAGCGCAGGGGCAACAGGAUGCGGCCGCGGAGCAGGAGGACGCCGGAGAGAGUAACCGCUGCCUGGUGCUGUUCAGCCGAGAGACCGUGGCCCAGCUGGCCCCGAGCCCGGGUGACCUUAUCCACGUGCAUCCGCCCUGGCAAACACUAAUCAUGGAAGGUGAGAGAUGCCCGGUCAUUCUCAACGCCCACUUCAGCCAGAAGGUUCUGCCCCUAGAGAGACGGAGCCAUAUGGCACCCAGCCCAAAGCACCAUUCCCAGGCCCAGAGGUGCUCUCCCUACCCACUGAACCGCUGCUGGGGUUUAUGGUUGGAGCAGAGUCGGGCCCAUCCACCAACUGAGGGAGACAGUGGUGGCAGCAGGAGACAGGCGGGUGUAUGUGAACGGGGGUGGCCUGAACCCGGAGGUGUUUGCGACUCCCUGCUGGAGGCGCUGGAGAGCCUGGGGCCGGCUGGGGCUCUCAGUCAGCGCCUGGAGGUCGUGCUGCAACGCGUCUACUGCCUCCACAUCCCACAAUCCUCUCCUCUCAGACUCCAGGGCCUCCGCAGAUCCCCUCAUGCACCCUCCCCCCGCAAUAGCAGCAGCAGCAGCACUGGCAGGUUGUGUGUGCUGGUGCAGGAUGCCUGGGGCAUGUUCAGCGAGGUGCAACUCCAGGCCCUGUCCUCAGAGGAGCAGUUCCAGCUCCUCGCCCGGCAGUGGGAAGGCCGGAGCUGCCAGCUACAGGGGGUGAAGGUGCUGCAGCGCGUCACCAGGGACAGAUGUGCUCCUCUCUUCAGUCUGAUUGACAGCCUGUGGCCUCCCACUCUGCCCCUCAAAGUGCAUGGAGACUCUCUCAGCUGCGAGGAGAACAGCACUGCUGCAGCGGCUCCCAGCUUCUGUUACCGUCUCUCAGGCAAUGAGGCGUCCGUGGCGGUGAGUCAGGAGAUGCCGCUGUCUCUCCUUUAUCAGCCGCCUGUGAUGCUCAGCCUACGGGAGAUACUACAGGGUGGAAAAGAAGGUGAUCGCUAUAGCUUCACAGCAAAUGUUGUGUUCAGACGUUUACAGGACUCUGGUUCAGAUGCUGGUGAUGCAGAGAACUGGCUGCUCUUUGUGACGGACGCCAGCCUGCAGGCUGAGGAAGAGCCACGGCCAGGCUGCCCCCGCCGGACUCUGACUGUGUGCUUUAGGCCAGCCCACGCGCUCCAGCACUCCGUCAGACAGGCCAUCACGGCGACAUCUUCAUCUUCAUCUUCCUCCUCCUGCUGCCUCCUCCUCACCUUCAGAGAUGCAUUACUACAGCGGGGUUGUAUUGUUUGUUUGGAGCAGACCACUGUCAGGCUAGCCGGGGCACCAGAAGACAUCCUGCACCCAGACCCUCUCCCAAAGCCACUUCGACUGGACCAGCUGGGCCCGGAGACGCCGCCCAAUACUCUGUGCACACUCACGGGUGUGGUUGUAGGUGUGGAUGAAGAGACGGCAUACUCCUGGCCUGUAUGCAGCCUGUGUGAGAGUGAGCGUCUGGAGAAAACUCUGGCCAUGCAGGAAAGUUUUCUUUGUACUGUUUGUGGGGCAGCAGUAGUCAAACCCAUUGUCAAGAUGCAGCUUGAAGUGUUUCUAAAUUGUCUGUCUCUAAGUGACUGCACCAUCAAAAUGAAGCUGCAGCAGAGAACGAUUGAUUCCAUUCUGAGCUCAUUGGGGGGCGAUCCAGAGUUCUACGAGGUGGAAAGCGUUCUGGGAAAGGAGGUGGGCCCUGUGAGUGCGUAUGUGCGAGUGAUCACCAGGACCCCAGGACUGUGGGUGGGCCUGGAGGAAGUAUGCCUUUGACAAGACGUGGUGGGCAGCAGCUUGGACAGCCAUCAGGCCCCAGCCCCCAGUCCCGGCAUGGACACCCAUCACACCACUGGCCAUGAUCCAGCAUGGACACCCAUCACACCACAGGCCCAAGACCCAGCAUGGACACCCAUCACACCACAGGCCCAAGACCCAGCAUGGACACCCAUCACACCACAGGCCAUGAUCCAGCAUGGACACCCAUCACACCACAGGCCCAAGCCCUGUGUUCCCUGGCGCUCUAGGAGUAUGUGUUGCCACUGCUUUCUUCUGGUUGUGUUGUGUGUUUGGAGAGUCAUGUUGACACCAACUGGCAUGUGCUACAUUAGCAUGGUGAACAGGGUUAGUAGAACACUUCGAGUAUGCCUGAAAGGACAUGGUUGGCUCAAGUAGCAUGCACAAUCCACAAGUGUGUGCACAAAAAUUUGUCUUGAGAAGUACUGGGGUUGUCGAACGCUGAUGUCAAUUCCAUUUGACUUGGAGCCAUGAAAUCAAAUGACCCUCUGACACACUCUGGAAUGACGAGGUGCUGCAAAGUCAGCUGUAAAGCCAUUCGACGGACAAAUUUAGCAACCAUGUGAUGGGUUCUACUUCCGUCAACACAAUGACGGCGCAUCUGCGUUUGGUAUAGAGUCCUCUGGAUGGCACUAAAACAAUGUGAGACCUUGGGAUAUUUUACAUUUUGUACCUACCUCGUUGUGUAUAUAGGAUUCAAUUGGUCCCUAGUGUAUACUGAUCUACUUGACAAGAAUUUCUGCAUUUGUUCAAUAAAGAACAUGAUCUU